UAGGGUCAGAUCUCGAAUAGAUACCCGAAAUUUGGCGCUCCUCGGCGGCGACAAACUCGCAUUUCCUGGCCGCCCGCCGGCCGGCCGGAUACCUCGUCUCCAUCCCAUCCGCCGGCGCUCCGCUCCACUCCCGGCCACUUGGUUCGGCCUUUUCCUACCGUUUGUGUCGUGUUCGUUGGUUUCCCCACGCCGCACGCGCCGGAAGGAAGCAACCCAACCCCGAAAGUCGCUUUUCCCACUCGCCAGGCCAGGCUAGGCUAGGGUUUUUCUUCCUUUCUUUCUUUUCGGAGGCCUUUCCGGCCAGCCAUGUCCCUGUCCAUGUCGUCGUCGCCCCCUCUUGCGCUUCUGCUUCCGCUUGUCCCCCCACCCUGCCUCACUCGCUGACUCACCCGCCGCGCUCUCUCUCUCUCUUUCUUCGGGAGCUUCCACUCCGGGCCCAAUGGACGAGGAGGAGGGCCCGCACCCGCUGCCGCUGCCGGAGCCGGGGCCGGAGGUGGGGGCGGAGGAGCCGGCGGCCGGCCGGCGCUGCGGCCGCCACCCGGACCAGCCCCUCACGGGCGUCUGCUCCGCCUGCCUCGUCGAGCGCCUCUCCUCCGUCCGCAGCCCCGCCCACCCCGAGAUCCUCGAGGUCGCCACCACCUCCUCCUCCCUCAACCCCGACGCCCGCCCCGCCCCCCUCCCCCUCCCCGUCCCCGCUCCCGGCGACCAAGAAGACCAGGGCAAGCUGCGGAGGACGCUCAUGCUGCUCUUCCAAAUGGACGACUCCGGCGCCGCCGCCGACCGCCGUCCGCCCGACGCCAAAGAUCCCGGGGCAUCAGAGGCGGGCCACCCCGGAGGAGCACGCGGGAGUCGUUGGAAGGGCGCCUCCUGGCUCAGGGCCAUCCUGCCCAGGCGUGGGCCGCGGCGGCGCGGCGCCAAAGAGGGCGAGGAGGAGGAGGAGCCCUCGCGCCCGUCCGGGGCGGUGGAUCCCCUUCCGGGAGAUGUCGGCGGGGCCCCGUCGCCGCCGCUGGUGGAGCGGAGGGCCAGCUUCCGCCGCUCCUGCGAGUGGAUGAUCUGCCGGGAGCCGCCGCCCGGCGGCAGGGGGGGCUCCUCCCUGGACCCGCCCCGCCACUCCUGGGACGGCUCCAUGGUGGGCAGGGCCUUCGCCUGCUCCUUCGCGUGCCUAGAGGAGCCCUCCGAUGGCGUCACCAGGGUCAGGCACAGCAAUGCAGAGGAACCGGCCGGGGAGCGCCCUGCUGCCGGGGUGGCAUCCGAGAGCAGGAACGGGGGGCAUUCCGCCGAUGUGGCCGGCGGCGAGGGGCCGAGGUUCAGGGAGAGGAGGAGCUGCAGUGACGCCGGCCCGGAGAUAACCGCGUCAGCCUCAGGUGUCCGGCGCCGGAGGUCCAACAGGUGGAGCAGGGUGUGGGAUCGCAGCAUCACGAGUCCACUCAAGGAGUUCGUGAGGAAGGGGGAGCACGCUCUUGACCGGUCCUUCUCGGAGUCGAGGAGGGAAACCAGGAGGUGCAAAAAUGGGGAGACGACAGACAUCGAAAAUGGCGAAAUUCACCAUGGCCGCAACGGGUCGGCACUUCCUGGCAGAGCAAGCCAGAGCACAAGCAGAAGAUCACAAGCUCACACGGCUAAUGGGGAGGAGCAGAAUUUCCGCACGGAUUGGCUCAGGAACAAGGAAUGCAGGAUCAGCAGGAGCAGGAGCGUGCAUUACACUUCUCCUGGGAACUUCGAUAAUGGGAUGCUGCGGUUUUACCUGACGCCGAUGAGGAGCAACAGAGCCGCAAACAGGGGGAGGAGGAGAAGCUCGCGCUUGUUUGGAAGAGGACUUUUUGGUUUCGUUUGAGUGGCUCAGGUUGAAUGCCAUACAUUUUAGAAGAUGGCAGCAGCACAAGCAACUUUUUCUUCAGAAUCUACUUGGUUUCUUAGAAGUGGCUAACUCUGUAAGUUGUUCAGCAGCUACAUUCUUUCUGCAGUACAUUAUUAAGCCCAACUUAGAGUCAGGAAGAUUUAGCUUAAGUUGCAGAUUUGCUGCUGCUCUGUUCUUUUAAGACAUUGCUUAUAGAUGGAAUCAGGACUGUGCUGUCCAGAUUAGUGUAUCAGGUGUAAUUAUUUACAUUAUAAUAAUAUUCGUAUCAAUUCUUCCAAUCAGUAAAGGUAUAUACUGUUCUAAA